CCCGCCCCCUCCUCCAGUUAGCACUGCUCCGGUCACUUACUACAAAAUGGCUGCACGAGCUCCUCCAGCCGCGACGACUACUCACUGAAAACACUGAGAAAAGAAGCGGUAAUUACGAGUCAAGAACCGUUUGAUGGAAGACAAGAAAAGGAAAAAGCAAGAAGACAACAAAAAGAAAGAAGCUCCGCCGAAGAAGGAUACCGAACAGAUAACCAAAGUGCCAGACUCUGUCAAGCUCGACCCCGUCCAUCCUGUACCCCCUGCUGAUCCCACCGUCACCCCGCCGCCGGUACCCCCAAGCAGUGGCGAUGGCAAGCGUGGCCUCUGCGGAGGCCAACUUCAAACCGCCCCACAGACUCCCCUCCAGCCGCGCCACCCGGCCAGCAGAGAGGUGCCCCCGCGCUUCCGUCAGCAGGAGCACAAGCAGCUGCUGAAGAGGGGUCAGCCACUACCUCCCGGCACCCUGCCUCUUGUCGCUGCUGAGCCCGCAGCAGCAGCUGCCAUACAUUGUGACCCCUGUUCAACCAACCUGCCUACAGAACUGCCCCCACAGAGCAGCCUGGGAGAUCAGUAUGAUAAUCCCCUCUGGGGACACCUGCCAGCCGACAGAAGUGCAGCGACUUCCUCUAAUACAAGUUGCGGCGAUCAACUGAUCAUUGACCAGAAGGACACAAAGGCUUGGCCUUCUAUUACUCUUAGCCAGAAGGCCUCUCAAGGAGGAUGCAUUUUUAAAACUGACCCUGGUCACCUGACCAGCAGCAGUAGCACUUGUAGUACCAUUAGUAACUGUAGUAAUAGUAGUAAUAAUAGUGGUUGGUAUUGUAGUACGAGUAUGGCCACUGGGGCCAAUAGCCAGACAGGCCACUUUCCUGUCAACCACCUAAGCAGUAAGGCCAACACUGGACUCAGCCCUGCCAAUCAUACUGGAACCAACAUGCACUCAAGCCAGGUUGCAGCCAAUCGAAGCUGGGGUUCUGGGUCUGGCCCCUCUCAGUCUUCAGUGGGCAGUGAAGGAAAAACUGACAGUCCAGCAGCAGCAGGAGGAGGCAGCAGCAGAGCAUGGGGAUCUUCAUCAUCCUCCAACACCAACUGUAACUUGAACUUGAGCCCCAAUGCUAACCCAUCUGCCUGGCCUGUGUUGGGCCAUGAUGGGUGUGGCGCGGGGGCAGGCAGCUCAGGGGGAGCCAAUAUCAUUUCACCUCCUCAAUCGACACCCAACUUCUGUAAUCCCACUGGCCCCCCUCCAUCCCAGACCAGCACAUAUACUGGAGCCAACACCAACAGUAACUCCUCGGGUAUUGGCAGUGCCUGGGGAGGUAUAGUGACCUCUGAUGCAUCAGAUCCACACCCCUCCCCAUCCACAAAUGUGUCUUUCAGUUCAGAACCUCAGAACCUUAAAACUGAUGGACCAAAUCAAGUGAAUAAGCAGGAACAACCUAGCCCUAUCCGCCACAUGCUUGGUUGGGGCACUGCAUCUGCAGGCCUGGGUUCAGUGGGUCAACAGCCAUCAGGUGGAAAACAGGUGAAUGGAGAAGAUAAUACAUUGGUAUGGGGUAUGAGUGGUGACUCAAAGGCACCUUCAUCUAAGGAGUUAACUGGCUGGGACGCUGGCUGGGGCCAUGGAGGAAGUGGCUCAGGAAAUACUGGAGGCUGGAGUGAACAGUCCAGUGGUGACUGGGGCAAGAAGCACACUGAGGAGGCCCAAGGAGGUUGGGAAGGCCCCAGCUCUCCACCCCAUGACACACAGCCUAGUUCUUGGAGUAGAGCUGUGAGCACAACUGGUGCAAGUGAAGGAAGCAGUGACAGCAUGGAAGUACAUCCAAGUUCUAAACAACAUCCAUCCAGAGAAACUCCAGUUCCUCCUUUGCCUGCCCAGGAUCUAGACCCCAGGGUGUUGUGUAACACUGGCUGGGGACAGACCCCUGUUCGUCAGCACACAUCUUGGGACAUGGACAAUACUAAAACCAAGAAUGACAUGGGCGCAGAAUCCUGGGACUCUCCAACUGUUCCAAGCGAUGCCCAGGGGCCCUCCAAUACUAACAUGGGUCCUCCUCAUAGAACUGACUCUGGGAGCAAAAAUGAGGUGCCUGCUUCUGAGGGAGCUUCUAGUUGGGGAGGAAACAUGGCUCCUACCAACCAAACCAACUGUGGUUGGGGUGAUCCACCUAACAACAUUAAGCCCCAAAGUGCUCCUGGUGGCUGGGGAAAUCCACCAAAAGCAGGGCCUACAUCUAGUAUGCCCAAGAAUAGUGGCCAAUCUUGGGGAGAAGAGAAGUCAACAGGGUGGGAUGAUUCUCACAGCAAGCCACAAUCCCAGAGUUGGGGAGAGCAACCCAAAGCAUCCCACAGCAGUUGGGGCAGUAGUGGUGGGAGCAAUUCUGCAAAUGACUGGGGAGAACCAGAAGAGAGCAAAAAGAAUCCACCCAACUCCACCUGGGAGGGAGAAACAGGUGGCGGCUGGAAAGAAAAUCCUCGAGGCUGGGGCAUGCCUCCUUCAGGGCCAGGAAUGUCUGGAGGAAACGGGGGCAGAGGAGAGCCUGUUAGCCAGCGUCCCAGGGACCCUUCCCAGGGUUGGGCAGGAAAGUCUCAGGAUGGGCCCAGUGGUAACACCGGAGCGGUCAUGAGCUCUUGGGGUGGCUCUGGCUCUGUCAAGCAGGGUGGGGGACGGAGCAGCAGUAAGCAGGAGUCCUCAGCUGAACCUACAGGGUGGGAAGAACCCUCUCCGCCCUCGAUACGACGCAAGAUGGAAAUUGAUGACGGGACCGCCGCUUGGGGUGAUCCUAACACCUACAAAAAAUCUGUGAACCUGUGGGACAGGAACAAUCCUGGGAUGUCCCAAGCAAAAACUCCCACUGGAGGCAAUAACCCACCGGGUACCAGUAGCAGUCAUCCCCACAAUCCCCACAAUCACGGUUAUCAAGGACCACCUGCACCUUUACAGAAUCACACCCAAAAUUCCCAAAACCCAGGUCCUGCCAGUGGGCCCAUGGAUCCUGCUGUGCAGCACCAGUCAGGGCCAUCUCACAACCGGGCUCCCCUGUUAGCGCAAGGUUGGGGAGAACGACCCAGCUCACACGCAAAAUCCGAAAACUCAUGGGGCGAAACCACACCUUCACCAGUCAGCGUGGACAAGGGGACAUCUGCCUGGGGUAAAUCAACUGGGGGCUCCAUUGGCUGGGGAGACGGCAACUCAGACAACUACAGCAGGGGGAACACAGCAAUGACUUCUGCAUCGUGCAAACUUGCCCCCAAACCUAUGCAAGACGGAUGGGGGGGCGGAGGCGAUGAGAUGAUGCUUUCAGGAGGUCAGUGGGAUGCAGAGGAGGGAGAAAUGUGGAAUAGCACAGCCUCUCAGGAGAACAACUCCUCCACCAACUCAUGGGGGAACACAUCCAAAAAGGUCCCACAAAAGGUGAAGAUUCCGGGAAAGCCGGAAGAUGCCUGGAUUAUGAAUCGUCUCAUUAAGCAGCUGACAGACAUGGGUUUCCCGAGAGAUCCGGCAGAGGAGGCUUUGAAGAGCAACAACAUGAACCUGGACCAGGCCAUGAGUGCCCUGCUGGAGAAGAAGACAGAACUAGACAAGCGGGGGAUAGGGAUCGCCGGCCACGACUACAACGGGCUUAUACACAAACCCAUGAGCUGUCCUCGGCCUCCACUUCUCUCCAAAGAACCCUCAGCAGACCCUCGCUCGCCCUUCAUGGAUAAACAAAUGCAGGGUGGAAUGUUUGGUAGUGGUGGAGCAGCACAAGCCCGGGCCAUGCCUCAGCCGCCUCCUCAGCCGCCAGUGCCGCCUCUCAGCUCUUCUCAGCCUAGUCUACGCGCUCAAGUGCCUCAGUUUCUCUCCCCUCAGGUUCAAGCACAGCUCUUACAGUUUGCAGCAAAAAACAUUGGUCUGAAUCCUGCACUUUUAACCUCACCAAUAAACCCUCAACAUAUGACCCUUCUGAAUCAACUCUACCAGCUGCAACUGGCUUACCAGCGUUUACAAAUUCAGCAGCAGAUGUUACAGGCGCAGCGCAAUGUUUCUGGACCCAUUCGACAACAAGAGCAGCAAGUUGCACGUACAAUCAAUAACAUGCAGCAGCAGAUCCAACAGCACCAGCGUCAGCUGGCCCAGGCUCUCCUAAUGAAGCAACAGCAACCUUCCCACUCCCACUCAGGCCUACAUCCGGGCGGGACCAAAUCCAGCAUGGAUUCCUAUCCAGGACACCCCCAGGUUCUGGGCCACCCUGACCUGCAGACCAAAGAGCCGCAGUCAUCUACCAACCCCUACAGCCCCUAUUCUCUCUCUGGACUGAACACAAACAUGAAUGUAAACUGCAUGGAGGUGGGUCUGUCUAUGAAGGAACCACCCCAGCCCCAAUCGCGCCUGUCCCAGUGGACGCACCCCAAUCCCAUGGAAAGCCUCUCUGGGAGCUCUUCUCCCUUGGAACCCAAUUUGAGCAAGCACAGUACCAACCUCGGCCCCCCUGGUAAGCCUCCUCAGCUGGAUGACUCUUACAGCCCCUAUAGCCUGAUGUCCAGCUCUGAGUCUCCUUCCAGCCCCCUGGUUCCCCCAGACAGCUGGGGGCAGGGGAAGAGUAGCAGUGACAAGAUGGCCAACGGGACCAACAUCAACUGGCCACCAGAAUUUUGUCCCGGUGUGCCCUGGAAGGGUCUCCAGAAUAUCGACCCGGAGACAGACCCCAAUAUGACACCGGGUAGUGUCCCGAGUGGGCCAACAAUCAACACAAACAUCCAAGAUGUCAACCGCUACCUGCUGCGAGACAGGAGUGCAGGCUCUUCUCCCACUUCAUCUCAGAACGAGGCUCUGCCUCCCUCUUCUGAUUGGUCAGUCAGUGCCUACACUAGCUCAUUCAGUCUGUCGUCCCCGGAGACAGAUGAUACAGGUAAACUGUCAGAGAUGAAGUCCACUUGGUCUCCAGGUCCCAUCUCCCACAGUCAGGCCUCUCUGUCCCAUGACAUGUGGAAGGUUCCACAGGGACCCCGAAGUAGCACGACAGCCCCAUCCCGCCCUCCACCUGGUCUCACCAACACCAAGCCAUCCUCUACGUGGGGAGGGAACUCUCUGGGUCUGUCCCAAGGCUGGAGCAGCUCAUACACCACAGCAGGCACCACCUGGAGUACAGACAGCUCCUCCAGGACCAGUAGCUGGUUGGUCUUGAGAAACCUCACUCCACAGAUUGACGGUUCAACUCUGCGCACACUGUGCAUGCAGCACGGCCCUCUCAUCACAUUCCACCUCAACCUGACACAGGGCAACGCUGUGGUGCGCUACAGCUCCAAGGAUGAAGCUGCCAAGGCUCAGAAGUCCCUGCACAUGUGUGUGCUCGGGAACACCACCAUCCUGGCAGAGUUCGCCGGAGAAGAGGAAGUGAAUCGCUUCUUUGCACAGGGCCAGUCGCUCGGCGGGACAACCAGCUGGCAGGCCUCUCCGAGCAACAAUCAGACGAGAAUGGGAGGGUCCGGCUCCGGCGCCUCCCACCCAAUCGGCCACGCCCCCCACUGGAACAACAACAACAAUGGCGGCGGAGGGACCGGCAGCAGCAAGGUCAGCGGGGAGCUGCUGUGGGGGGGCGUGCAGCAGUAUUCCAGCCUGUGGGGGCCCCCGAGUGGAGAGGAGGGCCAGGUCAUGGGGAACCCCAGCCCCAUCAACACGCUGCUACCUGGAGACCUGCUGAGCGGGGAGUCCAUGUAAGGACAACGGCGCAAAUCAAUAUGGAGAUAAUCAGCAAUGGAGUACCAGUCAAGGUGAAGGGAGAGACGAGAGGAGACCUCACUGCUCGCCGACUUCUUUUUCUUCUUUGUUUUUGGAGGAAAGUCGCAGUGUUGAGCUUUUUACACUCGGAGACACAGGAAGAUGUCUUUUCCUUCAAAGUUUUUACACAGGUGAACUCGCCGAGUGAAACGAGCUGCCAUCUUUAACUCCCUGCCUUUUUCGAGGCAAUCAUACUGCACCUCACAGACCUGCAAGAAGGCAUCAUUCCCAAAGUUAUAAAAACAACAACUUGUCAAUCAGAGCGCUGGUUGUUAUUCCUCGGCUGUUCCAGACUCUCAGCACUAAUAUUGGCCUUAACCUCUCGUCCUCCCCAGUCGCCCUGCUUCCCUGCCUCACACUUGCACACCCUUAUCUCUGAGCCAGUGAAACUCCACACGGGAGUCCAUGCUGCUGCGGCCUAACAGAAAGCAACCAGAGCUCCCAUUUACAAACAGUGCUUUUAUUUGGUUAUUAUUUUCUUUUUUUGUUUUGCAAAGCAAAUCCCCUAACAAAACACUCUCAAAGGGAAUGAUGCAACUCUGUUCGCCUUGUUCAAGCCAUUUAUUUUGUAGUGGGGUUUUUUUUUGGUUGUUUGUUUUUGAAGCAUUGCAAACAAAUUUCAAAGAUGCUAUUAUUCAGACAUGUUAGGGUUAGUUUAUUUUGUAGGGGGGGGUGGGCGGGGCUUACAAUACAACAUGAACCACUGCUAUUACUGUGGAGCUGUAACGACAUCAACAAAUAGUUGCACCUCAACUCGUCUCUCGCAGUUCGGUCUGGGACCUUCUCACUGCUGUUCAAAACCUCAAGACCAGAAUAUCAGCACCCCUCACCCCCCGCUCCCCAUUUGUCACGACAAAAACCCCAACCAUUUCAAAACGAGGUGCAAUAUAAGCCACAACAGACUGUAACCGUCCACGCUCCCGGCUGAUGACCAUAAGAGAACCACAUUGAACUCCUAUGUGACCUACGUGCAGCGAGCGCCACCCCCUGACUUACUGCCACUAAUAUAACCCCCCCCCCCCCCUCCUAGUGUGUGUGCGUGUGUGAGCUCAUGAGAGUAGCGAGCUGGUCAUUCACCUUAAGCACUUCUCAGCAGGC